AUGGACGUCAACGCAGCCAUCGAGCAGCUCCGAACGGGACAGAAGCCCACCUGGCCAGAGGCCGCCAACUCCCUCGACUUCGCACAAUCGCUGGAUAACGGCACCAAGACUUUCAGAGAAGAAUUCGUCGUCCCGACAAAGGCUCAACUCAAACGUACCAGUCUCGUGGACAACGAGGAGACUCGCAAGCCGGCAGCAAGCGAAACAGAUUCGAGUAUCUACUUCUGUGGUAACUCGCUAGGCCUUCAACCGAAAGCUAUAUCGGAAUACCUCGGCGCCUAUCUGAAGACAUGGGGAUCUAUUGCGGUCGGUGGCCACUUUACGGACCUGGAGGAUUCGCCUCUGGUGCCUUACCAGGAUAUGGCGGCGGAUUGUUCCCGAAAGAUGGCCGACAUUGUCGGUGCUGCGCCGGAGGAGAUUGUGGCCAUGAACACGCUCACGGUGAAUCUUCAUCUCAUGAUGGCAGCUUUCUACCGCCCUGCGGGAAAGGCGAAGAAGAUCAUGUUGGAGUGGAGGCCGUUUCCCAGUGACUACGUAUGCAGCACUCUUCUUCGGGUACUCUUGGGCCCCCAGCUAACAUUCUUCAGUACGCUAUCGAAUCUCAGAUCGAAUGGCACGGACUGGACCCGUCAGAAGCAAUGCUCAAAGUCGAGCCAGACCAAGGCUACACCAUCUCAACCGAGAAGAUCCUCUCCCUCAUCGACCAACACGCAGACGAGCUAGCUCUGAUCCUCCUCCCUGGCAUCCAAUACUACAGCGGCCAACUCCUCGACAUCCCCACCAUCACCAGACACGCGCACUCCCGCGGCCUCACCAUCGGCUGGGACCUGGCCCACGCCGCAGGCAACGUCGAACUCAAACUGCACGACUGGGACGUCGACUUCGCCUGCUGGUGCACCUACAAAUACAUGAACGCCGGCGCCGGCUCCAUCGCAGGCGCUUUCAUCCACGCCCGCCACGGCGACAGCGUGCGCAACAAAGCCCUCAAGGGCUGGUACGGCCACGACAAAUCCUCCCGCUUCCUCAUGGACAACACCUUCCGCCCCACCCCGGGCGCGCAGGGCUUCCAGCUCUCCAACCCCUCCAUCGUGGACCUAACCUGCCUCUCCGCCGCCCUUUCCGUCUUCGACAAGACGUCCAUGGCCCAGCUGCGCUCCAAAUCCCUCCUCCUGACCGCGUACGCCGAAUUCCUCCUCGAUCAGAUCUCUUCCCGGUCCACAACAACAACGUCGGCGGAACAGGGCUCGCCGUUUGAGAUCAUCACGCCCUCGGAACCUCUCGCUCGCGGCGCGCAACUCAGCGUCUUGCUCCGCGAGGGUUUGAUGGAAGGGGUGAGCAGAGCUCUCGAAGCGGCGGGCAUCGUCUGCGACAAGAGGAAACCGGGCAUCAUCCGUGUGGCGCCAGCGCCGCUCUAUAAUACUUUUAGUGAGAUCUGGAGGUUCAUGCAGACUUUUGAGAAGGCGGUACGGCCGGCCGUGGAGCAGCAGCAGCAGGAGCAGCAGCAGCAGCAGAGGAGCCAGGGUGUGGAGGUUGAGGCGAGGUUAUGA